CCACCACCACCAGAAGGGCCCGGCGGAGAGGGGGGCGAGCGAGCCAGCGCGGCGACGCCGAGUGACAGUGUGGUUGCUGUGAAAGAACUCAUUAGCCAUGGAUGUAUUCAUGAAAGGACUUUCAAAGGCCAAGGAGGGGGUUGUGGCUGCUGCGGAGAAAACCAAACAGGGUGUGGCAGAAGCUGCAGGGAAGACAAAAGAGGGGGUUCUCUACGUAGGCUCCAAAACUAAGGAAGGGGUGGUUCAUGGAGUGACAACAGUGGCUGAGAAGACCAAGGAGCAGGUGACAAAUGUGGGAGGGGCAGUGGUGACAGGCGUGACCACCGUGGCCCAGAAGACAGUGGAGGGAGCCGGGAACAUCGCAGCUGCUACAGGCUUUGUGAAAAAGGACCAGCUGGGCAAGAGUGAAGAGGGAUCUCCACAAGAAGGAAUUCUAGAAGACAUGCCCGUGCAUCCUGACAACGAGGCCUAUGAAAUGCCUUCCGAGGAAGGCUAUCAAGACUACGAACCUGAAGCAUAAGACACAUGGCACACCCAGUUUCUUGAGAUCUGCCGACAGAUGUUCCAUCCUGUGCAAGUGCUCAGCUCCAACAUGCCCAGUCGUGACAUUCCCUCAAAGUUUGUACAGUGUAUUUUGAAGUCUUCCAUCAGCAGUGAUUGAAAUAUUUGUCCCUGCCCUCACUCUGCAUUUCGGUGCUCCCCUCACUGACAUGAAUAUAUGGUAGCAGGGUCUUUGUGUGCCGUGGACAUUGUAGCUUCAAAUCUUAUCAUGUUCAAACCAUUAAAAACACCUAAGUGACUACCACUUAUUUCUAAACCUUCACUGAUUUUUGUGAUUGUUGUUGGUGUCGCUGUUGUCAGAAAGUUGUGAGUGAUUUGCCAUCCUAUAGUCGAAUAUUUUCAAGUGUCUUUGAUUAUUCUAAGAAUAAUGAUGUUUUGUGAAAUCUGUUGAUAACCAUAAUAUUUAAAAAGAAACUAUGUGAGCAUGAAACUAUGCACCUAUAAAUAUUAACUAUGAAAUUU